AUGCAACUAGCGUUUCUGGACUUUGAAGCCGCGUUCGACUCUUCUCACCGAGGCCGUCUUCUCAACGCGCUUCGCGCCGAUGGAGUACCAGGAAAUGGUAACUGGAGUAAGACAAGGGACGGCGACAGGACCUUCCUGUUUAAUUUCGCCAUCGACGACAUUAUGCGAAGAACAGUCGACCAGUGUCCUGCCGACAUUGUCUUAGCACCAUCAAGGUGUCCCUUGACUGAUCUCGAGUACGCCGACGAUGUUGUUAUAUUCGCGGAAAGUAGUACGAAACUUCAACAUGUUGUCAACCUUGUAUCGAAGCUGGCUGCAGCCUACGGACUACGCCUACGCCCUGAUAAAUGCAAACAGAUGUGGAUCUCUUCGAGACCACGAACGGGAAUCAGGGUGGACGGACAACCAAUGGAACUCGUCGAUGAGUUCUGUUACCUAGGCUCUACGCUGAAAAACAAAGGCAGCUUCGAGAGAGAUGUUCAGCAAAGAUGCGCUAAGGCCACUUCUGCAUUUAACUCCUUAACGAAAUGCCUGUGGUCGACACCCAUCACCAACGAAGUCAAGCUGCGAGUCUACCUAUCCGCAAUUCGCCCCAUCAUGAUGUACGGAUCGGAGACUUGGGCAGCACCAUCAACGGUUAUGGAAAGGCUUGACUGCACGGGAAGAAAGCUGCUGAGACGGCUACUUGGCUACUUUUGGCCUAGGGUAUGUCACAAUGAAGAUCUUAAUGCAGAAAUUGAUGUGAUAUACCGGCGGAUGACACGUGGAAGACAUCAACAUCUUGCACCGCCAUCGAAAGUGGCUAAAGUAAAUAGUCUUCGCUUCAUUGGUCAUAUAUUAAGGAGAACGGCAGAUCCCAAGCUCUCGCAGAAGAUCGAGAAGGUUGAGCACAGCUGUUUUCAAGGACGGCACACCUCGGCGAAGAUGCGGGUAAUCGCGUCAGACGAUGACAUCAUCCCGCCGAAUAAGUCAAGGGCUUGCAGAGAGCCGAUAAAAGAAGACCUUAAAGGAAGAAGAGCAUCAGUGUCGGCUGAAGCUGCAGAGGCGGGAAAGAGCAUCCGUCAUGCCCGUCGAGUCAUCCAUUUGCAAGAUGAAGAUGACUGCUCUCCGGACCCCAACUCAAGCAGAACAGCCAUAACAUCGAGAAGUGGAGUGGAGAAAAUCAUCUACGACUUCUCUCAUCUAUUCGGCACCCAUGUGAACUUGCCGUCUCACCAUCUAAAGGAAGAUCGACGUAACCGUUUCCGAGAUUCAGCUUCAGCUCCCCAAAUAUUCCAGUCUGAACAUUUGAAGACUCUCCAGCCAGUUCUUAUCAACUCUGGCGGGGCCCUUCACACGUUACCUAUUGGAAUACAAGGUUCCUUAACAUUGGAAUACGAACAAAACCGUGUUGUUGCGUAA